AAGGCAGUACAAAAUUGUUUUUCCAGAUCAGAAACUGAUAAAUAACAGUGCACUUGCAUUAGGCCUACAGAGGCAAGAGAAGAAAUAAAGAAAGAAAUAUCAAUUAUCAAAAUAACAUGUAGAUCGAAUUCUACUGGGAAGCAAUUUGAUUUGGCCUAACGUGUACCCGAGAUGUUUCCUUUUUCUAUACUUUUGAUGCGCGCCCACCAUCGGGCGGAAUUAGGGCGGGUCUAGGCGGAAUUAGGCAAGGAAAAUGCCUCACGCAGACGGCGCGCUACGGACAAUCGCUUAUGAUUUCGGGCGUAAGAAUGGCAACGCUAGAUUUGCUAGAAUUUCGGCAACAAAUUGGUAUACAUUAGCGCCUGUAUAAUUCAUUUUCGGAGAAGUUAUCUGAGAAAAACUGCCCAUCGGGCGGAAACCGGGCAGGGUACGGUACGCUGGAACAGUGCAUAAUAUUUUUCCUUUUUUAUUUGUUUGUUCAAUAUCUGCGUUUCGGGAGAUAACAGUUUUAACGAACUCUAUCAACAAAUUGCACAAUUCUACAUCGUCUGAGCCUUUGAGAUCUUCAAUGGCGACCUUUCAGUCGGCAGGUCAAGCCGAGAUUAUCAGAAGCAGUCAAAAGGAUGAAGCGUACCAAACUCAGCUUAGAGGCAGUAUCCAUGAUGUCGUCCAGUCAUUAAUAGGUACAAGAUUUUGGGCCAGAUGGAGAAAGGAACUUGAUGUAGUGUCAGAUGUCUUGUACUUCGGUCUAACAACAAUUGCAGGUUUCCAGACCCUUGGUGAAGAGUAUGUCAACAUACUUCAAGUUGAUGGAACAAAGAGAGCAGUUCCAUCGUUACAGAGACGCAUUGCUCUAGUAGCGCUCCACAUCGGUGCCCCCUACCUCCUGGACAAGACGCUCUCCCGUCUCUCGUUUCACCUAGAGGCUGGCUACAGGUUGUCUAAUCUCUCCGAGGAGGCUAACAACAGGCUCCGCCUCUGGCUGCCCUCCGUCAGACGAGCGUUGACCUUUGUGAACCGUGUCCACAUGGCUGCUUUCUACCUGCGUGGCCUCUUCUAUCAUAUCGCAAAGAGAUUUUCUGGAGUCAAUUAUAUCCAAGUCAGAAGGACAGCAGUAUCUCAGGCCCUGCAGAAAAGCUUUCACAUUCUGGGCUGGUUAUCAGGUAUUCAGCUUAGUGUCAGUCUACUAUGGCAUGCCCUACAACUCAGAAAAAUGGUGAUUUACCAGUCUUCUGAAGCAACUGAGGAGAAGGAGAGAAGUGUAACCCUCGAUACUCAAGUUGUGGACCCCAGAUGGCGCUGUUCACUUUGCCUGGAACGACGUCAGCACACGACUUGCCCUCCAUGUGGCCAUCUUUAUUGCUGGGGGUGUAUCAUGGAAUGGUGCAGGACAAAGCCGGAGUGCCCAAUAUGCAGAGACGGCUUCCAGGCUUCAAGGCUAGUCCGUUUGCAAAACUACGACAGGAGAUGACGACAGGAGACUGGAGGAGUCACGCCAAUAUAACCAUCCAGUAUUCCAUACUCGGUGCCAAGUAAUCAGGUCUUGUUACGGAGGGCAGACUAUUUGGGCUAAAUUAUUUGGCUCCUACGCCCAAAUUUAAUAGCACAAAUGCUGCAGUGUAAGAUUUAAGAUUUUGAGACCAAAGUAAGAUAUAUAUUGUAUUGAGUUAAUGGAAGAAUAUUUCGGACAAACUUGUCAUUUGUCUAAGUUUUGUUGAUUUUCAUGAAAACGCAUUUCAAAUGUAUGUAUGAAGUCAAGUUUUAUCUGCUUUAGUCUUUAUAUCAUUGAGACAUAUUUCUUGCCAACCUUAAACUAAGGAUUUUGGUAUUUUGUCAACACCAAAGAAACAUCUUUCCUUGUAUGAAUCAUUCCUAAUAUUACAUAAAGAUAAAUCAUAUUCAUGAAAAUAAAUGUAGCCCUCUAUGCAUACUCACUGAUUGUCAGUAUGCAGAUCAGAGUACAGAAUAUUCAGAGACAUUUUUCUAGAAAUAUUUUAUAUAUAGGAUUUAUUGAAAUCAAAUCAAAUCA